AACCGUAUCGUUAUGAAGCGUCAUAAUAAUACCCCCAUGGUACGUUCGGUCAGUGCCUGUCGCUAUCACUGAUAUCACGGGAUAUUCCAUUUCAUUGAGCAACUGGGGGAGUCGUUUCUUCCCCUAAGACACUUUGUCGCGUUACCGCCUCGUGUUUCUUGUUCGGGAACCGUUACAAAUGAAUCUGAAUUUGACGCUCGAAAGUUAUCAGGCAGCAUCUGGCUCAUGCGCACUGAGAGAACAUUUGCAUACUCCGUUUCCGGCGGCGGAGUGGUAGGUUCUCGCAGUGCAGGCUGGGUAGUAGUAUCGCUUUGCCGUUGGACGUUGUUGUGAAGCAGUGGUGGGGCAUAGGGCUGAUACGCUCUCCCGGCUUCCAUGGCUGUGUGCGGGGAUGUGGGAGCCGCGUCCCUCCCCAGCGAACUGAUCGUGCACAUCUUCUCAUUCCUGCCGCCUCCGGACCGGCUACGGGCCUCUGCCGCCUGUUCGCACUGGCGGGAGUGCCUCUUCUACCCGGCGCUGUGGCCCGAGCUCCGCCUCAGCCUGCGGGUGUCCCUGGCCGAGCGACCGCGGCUCGAGUUCCUCAUGCGGAAAUGUGGCUGCUUCGUUCGGGAGCUGCGGGUGGAGUUCGCGGCGGAUAAUUACAGUCCGGGUUCCGCGGCCGAUCCGUGCGGCUCCUCCUCCCCGCCCCCAGGAUCGGCCUCCAGCUCCCAGGCCUCGGAGCCGGAUGGGCAGCACGCCUCUCGCUGGCUGGAUGUGCUCAAGACGUACCUGGAGCUGGUGCUGUGCGUGCUGAGCAGCAUUAGGAACAACAGGAAUCUCCAGAAACUCAGUCUCUUCGGUGAUAUAAGUAUCCUGCAGCAGAACGGCACCAUAACCAACACCUACCUGAACAAGGUGGACCCCGGCGGUAAGAAGAUACGGCAGAUACAGCAGCUCUUUGAAGAAAUUCUAGCGAACAGCAGGCAGCUGAAGUGGCUCUCCUGUGGAUUUAUGCUGGAAAUCGUAACUCCGACGUCAUUGGCCUCGUUAUCGAAUCCGGUUGCCAACACCAUCGAGCAUCUGAGCUUGCUGGAUAACCACACUCCGGCGAACACCACUCUGAUAACCGCCAUCGAGAUGGAGCGCUUUGUUCACCUGCGCUCCCUUGCUUUGGAUUUUUGCGACUUCACCGCUGACAUGGCGAGAGUGCUGGCCAACAACAACCACGUGCCUUUGCAUCGACUCUCUCUUCUGGUCCACAACACUUCCCUGAAGAAUAAGACCUUGGAUAAAAUGCCAGAAGACGAGGACUGGAAGGCCCUGACUCGGAACAGCGCUAAUCUCCGCGUCUACAUGAUGGCGUUCGACGUGAAGAGCGAGGACAUGCUUAGAAUCCUGAAGCCCAGCAUACCGCUCGAGAGGAUCCACUUCGACAGCUACGCCACGUGCGUGUCUGGAGCAGUCGUUGACCUUAUAUCCAGGCAGUACGAUGCAUUCCUUACUCACUUCAUCCUGAUGAACGAUGUCAAUGACAUGUCCGGGUUUCCCGACCUUAGUGACAAUAGGAAUGAAGACCCCUUGGUUCUGUUGGCCUGGAGGUGUAUGAGACUCUCGCUUCUGGCUGUUCAUGGUUAUACCGUCUGGGCACACAAUCUCAUAGCGAUCGCCAGGCUUCGCGGGCCUGACCUCAAAAUGCUCGAGGUCACGGAAGAAAGCAUAGACUUUGACCAGAGCGAACUGGCCGACCAAGACGUGGAUCCAGUGCACAAUCUGAUCGAGCAGGUAUCAAUCGGACUAUCGCGGCCGUGGCGCGCAGUGAUGGACAUUGAGAUGUUCAGUGUAUUCACAGAGCCCGCUCGCCACUUUUACAGAGAGAUGCAAAACUUCAGCGAAGGCAUAUAGCUCUUGCUAUUUUCUUCACAUAUAUAUAUAUAUAUUAUUUUUUUUUUAACUCUUAGAUUUCCUGUGGUUAAAUAUGCAAAUAGGGGUCCUAUUAUGUUUUCUCAGUAACGUGAGUUAACCCUUUGUGCCGUGUUUAAUCAGUAUUAGCUAUAUAAAAUUGUUUGUGUGUACCUA